AUGCAUUUUGCAUCCGAUCACCCUAGACACAUAUUUGAAGAAUCUGCAUGCAAAUCGAGUGAUGCAGUUUGCAAAUUAUGUAAAAGUGAGGUUUCUUUAGAAUCUUUGGCAUAUUAUUGUCGUGAAUGUAGCUCACAUUUUCACAAGGAUUGUCUCACAAUAACUAAUGCAGAGAUUCAUGAGCAUACUCUAACUUUUAUACGUAGGGAGAUUUAUUUCCCAUGUGAUGUUUGCGGGUGGGAUCCUAAUGGUAUGGAUAUGUACGGAUGUUUACAAUGUGAUUUCUUUCUACAUAGACAGUGUAUAUACUUACCAAAGGUUAUAAAGCUCACACGUCAUUCACAUCGUCUCUUUCACGUUUUUCGUAUCUCUAGUGGCGAUAACAUUUGUGGAGUUUGUCAUUCUCAAGUUGAUGCUGGAUAUGGAGGAUAUUGUUGUAUUGAGAAGACAUGUAAUUAUGUUGUCCAUUUAAGCUGCAUAAUUCGUUUCGAUGUGUGGGAUGGGAAAGAUCUUGUAGAAGAACCUGAAUCAGAAGAGGUUGACUCUGAACUUGACCUCGCGCCGUUGGUGGAAAUAGAUGGAAAAUCAAAACGCCAUAUUAGCCAUGAACAUGACCUACUAAGACUCGACAUGGAUGACAAACAAGAAGGUGGACAAGUAUGCCAAGCAUGCAUCCUACCAAUUGAAUAUGGUGGUUUCUUGGACUGCAAGCAAUGCGACUUUGCUCUCCAUGAAGUGUGUGCGAGACUUCCUCGGAAGAUGGAACAUGGGAUACAUAUUCAUCAGCUAACCUUAUAUGUCGAGACGUGGAACUACGAUAAUGGGUUCUUCACUUGCUCUGUUUGUAACCAACACUCUUGUGGAUUCAUGUACAAGUGUAGCCAAGAAGAGUGUGGGUUUAAAAUGGACGUGAAGUGUGCUUCUUUUGCGGAACCAUUCAACCAUAGCCUGCACAAACAUCCUCUUUAUCUAGCAAUAUACUAUGACGAAUUUAUUUAUAAGUGUGUAGGCUGUGCCCAAUCUUCAAGGUAUGCAGCAACAUGUUACAAUGAAUGUUGGUUCUCCUUGGAAUUCAAAUGCGUGAACUUACCAAAAUCAGUAAAAUACAAGCAUGACACUCACUUACUCACUCUAUAUUGUGAUAAAGAUUAUUCAAAGAGAUAUCAAGAUCAGCUUGAGUGGUGGUGUGAGAUUUGUGAAGAAAAUAUAAUGAAAAGUAAAUUUUGUUACACCUGCCAUGAUUGCUCCACCACUCUUCAUGUCGAAUGCAUAUUAGGGAAAUACCCUUAUUUGAAAUCUGGCCAUAGGAUCAAAGUAAGUGGUUUCGAGGUCGAGAUUGUUCCAAACAAUGGUGUUACUCGGCCGAUUUGUCAUACAUGUCAACAUAUUUGCCAAGACAAACAAGUUUUCAAUGGAAGAGAUGAUGUAUGUUUCUGUUCUAUCAAUUGUAUUCGUUCUAACAAAUGA